AUGGGCCGCUCCCGAAUAACUUCAAGCGAAAACAACACAACACCCAUCACGCUCCCCGCAAACUCGAUCCCACCGCCCAACACCUUCACAGAUGGCCUGCCACUCCCCAAAAUGAUCGUCUUCGAUCUCGACUACACGCUCUGGCCCUUCUGGGUCGACACGCACAUCUCAGGCCCGCUCAAGCCCAGCAAAGAUGGAGGACUGACCGUGAAAGACCGCUACGGAGAGUCAUGCGGCUUCUACAAUGACGUCUCUGGCAUUCUACACCACCUCAAGGCGAAAGGAAUUGUCCUCGGCGCAGCAUCACGGACGUCCGCACCGGACCUCGCUCGCGAGAUGCUCUCCUUGCUUAGGAUACCUGCCGAGAGCCAAGAGGAGGGGAGUAAAGCGAGGACCGCGAUCAGUAUAUUCGAUCAUUUGGAGAUAUACCCUGGGUCGAAGACCACGCAUUUCAAGAAGCUGCAUAGCAAGAGCGGGGUGGAGUACGAGGAGAUGUUGUUCUUUGAUGAUGAGAGUCGGAAUCGGAAUGUAGAGGAUUUGGGGGUGGUUAUGCAGUUGGUGAGGGAUGGGGUUACCAGGGGGGAAAUUGAUCGGGGGGUGGAGGCUUGGAGGAAGAGGAAUGGGAGGACUGAGAAGGAGGAGUAG